GGUUGGUUGUGUUUUUUGGCUUCUCUCUGCGUGCGCCGUUCGUGGAAAACACUGAAAAACUUUUAAAACCGAAGAAGAGAGGAGGAAAACUCCAGUUCGUAUUUAUCCUUGUCCUGUGUAUAUGAAAACCAAUCGGAAGUUUUACAACCAAGCUCAAGUCUCGCGAUUUUCCUCCUUGGUUUUCCCUUCUGUUUUGCCGGCAAAAACAAAAAGCGGCAAAGGAGAGGCAACAAAAACAAACGCAGAAGGCGAAGCAAAAUGUGAAAAAUUGCCGAACAUGGCGCCGCGUGUGUGACAGAGAGGGAACGAACGUGUGAGAGAGGGACAGAGAUCGAAGAUAAACAAUAGAAACAAUUUUUGAUACUUAACGUUCUACAACAACAAUAAACUCAGCUCAGGUACAACAAAAAACUAAAAAAAAAAACAGACUGCAUAAACGGGAAUUUUUCGAAAUAUUUUUGAUACACACAGCAGGGAGGUGUACGAUUUUAAAAGCAAUAAAAAAAAAGCAAUCACCAAGUUUUGAGAAUAAAACCAUCUUGAAAAAACCCACUCGCAAAACCAAGCAAUUUAAAAACAAUCUAAAAAGUCGACGACAAAAAUAAGCAUUUACAAUAUACAACCUAAAAAGUAAUUCCAAAAUAUAAAAUCUUUAAAACCGCAAAACUGACUAAAUAAAAUCUUAAUAAAAUUCAGUAAAAACAGACUUUUGUCUGCCAAAAUAUCCACUUUUCUACACAAAAUUUACAAAAGUCCUCUGAAAUCGCUAAAAAUUUUCAAAAAGCCAAUGAAAAUCGGUAAAUAAUUUGGAAAUACCCAAAAAUCGGUUUAAAAAUACUUCAAAAAUAAAACACUGGAAGCAUUCAAUAAAUAUACACCGCAAGCAUUUAUGGGCCACAAAUCACAGCAUAAAUUCCCGAAUAGAAUCAACAAGCAAUAUUUUCAAAUAUAAAAUGGUCAGAAAAAUGCUUACCCGAAAUAGAGAUUGAGGAGGAUAUUUUUCGAGGCCAGCAAAUUUAUUUCACGCAAAAAGUGCACAUUUAGAGAGCAAAGAAAAAAUAUAAAUUUAUGGCUCCGCGUCGCAACAGCAACAUCAGCAGCAGCGGCAACAGCAGCACCCAGCAGCAGCAGCAGCAGCAGCAACACCAGCAACAGUUGCAGCAGCAACACCAGACGCAGCAGCAGCAACUGCUGCAGUUCUACGCGGAGAACGCGAAUUCUUCAGGCGUUCUGAUGGCGCCCAUGCAGGGAACCGGAGGCGUGGGGGGCGUGGUGCGCUGCUGCCUGCCCAGCGGAGAUUGCCGCAAGCUGGACGCCCUGAUACCGCUGAACGAGCUCGCCCUGGCCGACUGCAUCCGGGUGCUGUGCAACAACGAGAACUGCAGUGCAGGCCAGUACAUGCACCGCGAGUGCUUCGAGCUGUGGGAGGCGGGCGUGCUGCAGACCCUCAAGGCCAACGGGCGGGCUCGCUCCUGGUCGGAGCGGCAGCGUCUCCAGCACCUGUGGACCAAGAAGGGCUACGAGCUGGUCCACAAGGCCUGCAGCUGCAAGUGCGGCAGGGGUCAGCUGCGCAAGGAUCUCGAGUGGGUGGCCCCCACCAACCAGGCUGUUCUGUACCUCAAUGGAUCCGGCAAUCGGGGAUCCAAUGGCCUGAAUGGCAACCUCAGCGAGGAUGAUGACAAGAAGAAGGCCAAGAAGAAGCGCAAUCGCAAUGGCAAUGGCAAUGCCAAGGCCCCCUUGAGCCAGAAUAAUGGCAAUAGUUAUGGCGGUCUAACGCCCAAUCCGAAUGUGGGCGUCAUAGGGUCGGGUUUGCCCCACAACAGUGGCAAUACCAGCGGCAACAAUGGUAAUGCCGGCCAGAACGGCUCUUCGGAUCUGCUGCAGCCCAGUGUGGUGGCCACGCUGAGCAACAUCCUGAAUCCCAACAAUGUCCUCGGCCUGGACUUGAGGGCCAGGGCUGGCAGUCUGUCCUCCAGUGGAGCUGGCAGUGGUUCCACCUCGCCAUCGGCCUCCCAAUCCAGUGGCGAGAUCCCCGUGUCGCCUGUGCAGCAAUUGAAGCAAACGCUGCUGAUGCAACCCGUGGGUUUUCUGCAGAACGGCCUGGGUUUGUCCAAGAACCUUCUAAUUGCUCCCCAGCAGCAGCAGCAACAGAAUAAUCUGCCUGCUUUGGCCAAUAUCAGCAACUUUAAGCCCUUGGCCAGCUAUGAACAGCAGCAACUUGUGCAGCAGCAGAAGAACAAGGAGGUAGAACUCUAUUCCGAGCGAGUGCGCUCCACAUCUGGCUGCAAUGGGAUCUUUUCGCGUCGCCUGGACUUUUCGUCGUUCAACUUGCUGCCAAAGACUCGUUUGAAUUCUUAUCAAGUCAAGAUCGAGGACGAGGGCAACCAUGGCAAUGAUGAGACGCGCCUCUUCAUCCUCUCCUCGCUGGCCCAAUCCCAGAUGAGCCGGGUGGCCUGCAUUUUGUGCGAGGAGCCGCUGCUCGUUUUCGAUCGCUAUCCCCUGGUCGAUGGCUCCUUCUUCCUGAGUCCCAAGCAGCAUUCCAGCGGCUGUAUUGAGGUUAAAUACGAGGGACGCACUCUCUACUUGACCUGUGUUUGCAUGAGCUGCCUGGACGGAACCUCCAGCAGCCGCGUCAUCAACUGCAGAUUCUGCAAGGAGCCGUGGGAUGGCUCGAGCCUGGUUCUGGGCACCAUGUACGCCUACGACAUCUUUGCGGCCAUGCCCUGCUGUUCCGAGAGGUUCAAGUGCAAUAACUGCUUCAAGAUGCUGAUGCAUCCGCAGCAGCGUCUGAGCUUCUACAGUGACUACUCGCACGGGGUGACCUGCCCAUAUUGCAACACGCAGGAUACGCACUUCGUGAAGCCGCUGAGCUUCUGCUACGCCAAGAGCCCGGCGGCGCGGCUGCCGACGCUCGCAUAACAUGAGGCCCCGUUGGAGUCGCCCGUGGGAACAGGUGCCACCGCCACCCAGGUGCCAAAUGCCCAGGGCGCUCCAACGGCCUCCGGCUGCAGCAGCAACAACACCAUCAUCUCAUCGAACUCGAACAAGCAGCAGCCAGCGAAGCAGCCGCUCUACAAUGCCGCCAUCGAUUAUUCGGCACCGCUGCAGCAGCAGAUUAAUCCGGACUUGAUUGGAGCCCAUCCGCAUGCCCAGCAGCAUCAGCAGCAGGUGCGACAGCAGCAGCAGCAACCGCAACAACAGCAGCAACAGCAGCAGCAGCAACAGCAACAGCAACAGCAGCAGCAGCAGCAGCCGACUCAACAGCAACAUCAGCCUGCGGUUAGCUCAUUUCAAAGGGCCAACUUCCCUCAGCAGUCCCAUAAAACCAUGAACAUGAUGGCCAUGGCGGAUGUGAUGAGCAAGUACCAGCAGCAGCAACAGCAACAACAGCAGCAACAGCGCCAACAGCAACACAACCAGCCGCCACAGCAGCAACAUGCAACACAGAAAGGACUCGAGGGCCUUCUAUUGACCAACAGCAACAGCAACACAAACACAAACAACAGCAUAAGCAGCAGCAGCAGUAUUAGUAACUUAAUCAUUAGCCAUAAUUCAGCCAGCAAUCCAGGCAGCAAGAUGCAGCCCACUUGGGGCCAGAGCGAUGCCAUCUCGGCCCUGUGGGGCUGCUCCAGCAGCAGCAGCGGCUGCUCCUCGGGCAGCGGAUCGCAGCCCUCGUUGAGUCCGACGGCCAGCAGUCAUGGCAACGAUGGCUCCAAGAUGAUGCUGUGGGCGGCGGCCCAGAGUUCCCCGCAAAAUGCAGCGGCAGCAGCAGCAACACUCAGGGAUGGAUUCAAGGAGUUGCAACAGCAGCAGCAGCAGCAGCAGCACAAUCAGCAGGUGCACCCCGCACACGCAGCCUCGCCCACAGCCUCGUUGACCAGCUCCAGUUCCUCCUCGAACGGCUGGAGUGCCUCGCACUAUGGCAAGCCCAAUAUCUGGGAGCUGCCGGGAUCAGGAUCAUCGGCUGGCCAGAGGACACCGGCCAGCAGCCACGACAUCUUCACCGAUCUCCUGUGCAACCUGAGCAUCAGUCAGGAUAAUAACAGCAGCCAGCAGGCCAAAGUCGAUGCCUCCGCCUCGGAUGUCAGCUCGAACUCCUCCUCCUCCGCCGGGGAACUCCUGGAGGCGGCCAAUAUCUGGAGGUUUCCCGAGUACGCCAGUCAGCUGUACAAUGAGGAGCCCACUGGAGGCGCCGCUGCCUGCAUGCAGCUCUUCAACGACUAUCUCAACAUGAACUAAAAACAAAGCCUGCAGCAUUUGUUACUCUAGCUAAAUUUAUCAAACAAAAAAAAGAAUAACGAAAAAGAGUAAGCAGGAGAAGGUGGAGAAGCGAAUGUUUUAGUUUUUAAAAUCAUUUGAUUUUUUAUACAAUCACACACACAUCUAAAAACCGAGAGAAAACAAUGCAAACUAAAAACAAUUUCUUGUUAUUUUUGUUGAGUUUUUUUAGUUCUUUGUUUACACACCUACCUAAACAAAAAAAGAAGAAGCAAUUUUUAGUUUUAUUUUAUAAAGCAAAUUUUUUAUACAUUUUACCAAAAAAAAAAAACAAAGCGAAAUGUAAAACAAAAAAAAAAGGAAAACGAGGAAAGAGGGACAAAAAAAGAAACACAUUUACAUCACGAUUGAGGGACAAGUUUUAUUUAGCAAAAAUUGAAGGCAGGGCAUUAAAUUGUUUAAACAAAUCAUGAUAAUUGCUGUGCUGCUCAAUAACACAAAAAGGAUGGAUGAAAAGCAAAAAAGGAGAAGGAGUAGAGUAGGAGAGUUUAAAAAAGAAGGGGAGAACAUGAAACAUUUGCUACAAUUUAUGAAACGUAAAAUUACAAAACCUAAAUUUAACAAAACAACAUAAACGAUAAGUUGCACAUCUUUACCUAAGCGAUUGGUAAUUAUUCCUAGUUUUAGUAAGCGAAACGAGAACCUCUAGAGCCGAUUAAGUUUCUCCCUCCAGUUCAGAACAGUUCAGUUAGGUCCUCAGAUUAAUUCAACCCCUAAAUAACCCACCCACCCACUCACACACACACUCAUAGCAGCCAGGCGGCACAUGCAACAAGGUCACCAUUGUUACCACCCCCUUUCAGGAGUAUUUCAAGCAGCCCACCCCCACCCACGCCCCCAAACUCUCUUAGUUAAGUCCACAAAAAAAAGAAAAUAUAAUAAAACUACUUUCGGCGCAGCGUGAUCAUUAAUUAUUAAGCUAAGUGUUAGGUUAUAGCGAUCUUUGUAUAUGUCUAGGGUUCUUCUCUUUGUCUUAAAUAGCAGAGCAGCCGUAUGUGAUGGAUCUCUAAAGGUAGAGUGACGACCCCGCAGGUGCGACCAAACACACAUGCAGGCACUCACUAUCGAUAGGUUUAGUAGGUUGUAAGGUCGAUUUUUCUAAAUUUUAAAUAUGGUAUGCGAGCAAACAUCCAACAAUUUAUAGAGCGGUUCAAUGUUUCCUGUUUUGUGUUUAUUCCGUGCUUAGAAAAGUCACCAAAUCCCUGGGGUAAAGUCCGUCCCAAUCUCCUUGUUCCCAUCCCUCUCAAAACUGUGAAAAUGUUUAGGCAGUCUGAACUUUAAAUGAUUGGCAUCCCCCAUCUGUGAAAUUUUUAAUUCAAUUGAAAAUAAAAAAACCACUUGAUAUGACCCUUCUGUGAAAAAUAGUUUAGGACACCUUUUCUUCACCUCCAAUUUUAUAUUCUCCCUUCCUCAAUUUAAAUUAUUUACAAAAACCCUGUGAAGAUUUUAAUAAAAUUAAAAAUUAAACCCACUUGAUAUGAUCCCAACUGUGAAAGGACCUUAGGCAACCUAAACCUUAAAAACUAAUUAUAUUUCUUUUCCAAAAAUUCUGUGAAAGUUUUAAUGCAAUUGAAAGUAAAACUCCACUUGAUAUGACCAACAUCUGUGACAACCAGUUUAACUCUCUAAAUCUGUGUUAAAUUUUCCAUUUAGGUUUUAUUUAUUUUCUAUUUUAAAAUUCUGUGAAAAUUUUAAUAAAAUUAAAAAUUAAACCCCUUUGAUAUGACACCAUCUGUGAAAAAAACGUUAAGGACAGCUAAACGUUAAACAAGAUCAGCAGAAACUGUUGAGUUCUUUUUUUCCCAUUUUAAAAUUGUGAGUAAUUUUAAUGAAAUUAAAAGUAAAACCCCCCUCUGUGAGAAUAUGUUUGGGCAGCCUAAACUUAAAAAAUUGAUCAGCAGGAACUGUGUUAUAAAACCCCAUUCCCCGAAACCCUCGUGUUCGUUACGAACCCUAAAAUGUAGACCCCGUAAGUUUCGUCAAAUCAUCUGUGAGCGGAGUGUCGGACCUUCUCCAAAAUGUAUUCCUUUUCGGAAAACAUAUGUUAGCGAGAAGAUUCGACACUUUUAAAAACCUUCACUGUGACUGUUCGAAAGGAACGAAAUUUUUAUAAAAAAUCCUAAAUCCACACCAAAUUGUGACUAGGCAAUGGCCCAAAAAAAAACUCCCAUGUGAAACCAAGUUGAGAACAAACAUUUUCAGAAAAUGUCUAAACCCAAACCCCAAACCAAAUUGCCUGCAAUCAGACAGCCAAACUGUGAAAACCCCCAAUUUGCUCAUACCCUGUGAAAUUAUCCUUUCAAAGGACUUCUAAUUCUUGAGAAAAAUUUAAAGCACCAACCCCGGAAGCAAUAUUGAAUGCUCCUGGAGUAGGCAGUUUUUCUCUAUUGUUUCCGAUUAUUUUGGAUAGUUUUUCAGCAGUGUGAUAUUAAUCGGAUAUAUACUUCUGUGUUUCCAUCAAGGCAUUGCCUGGAAUUUUUUCAAAAAGAAUUAAAAACCAUCCUCAAAUAUCUGUGAGUUACCCUUCCCAAAAUCCUACAAUAACCCCGAUUUACCCCCUUUGGUGACUUUUGGUGAGGGACCUGCUUGAAAUACAAAAACCCUGGGGAUCAGGAAUGGGAUCUUAAACUUGCAUGUGCUGCAGUUUUUCCAGUAAUCACAAAUUGAGCGCCUCCUUUUGGGCAUUUAGCAUUGCCGCCAUUUUACAUACCAAAUAAUACACGUUAAUUUAACGACAAUUUUUUCAGAACGCAAGAAGGGACAAACUGAGUGAUAGUAAAUCUUUUUUGUAUACAAAACCUACAGUAACGAGACGACUUCGUUAUGCCUACUUAUAUAGAACUACCGUUAAGUUUAUAAGUACAUACCCUAUACCCUAUAAACCUACACCUAACUAACCUAAACCUAAACCUAAACCUAAAUUGAUAGAAACUAACGACAAGCGACACUUUUGGCAUUUACUUGAGAGGAUUAUAUAUAGGUUUGGCACAGUUAUAUAUAAUUUUCGUCUAAAUUUAAGGUUUUAAUCUAAUAUACAUGUACGCGCAGGAGGAAGGAGAGGAAGUGAACUUAUUUAUAGGCAAACCCCACACAAAAAACAUGACACACGACACACAGACACAGAUACAGCAUAUAGUUAUAUAGAUAUUUAAUUGGAGUAACCUUUAGCCCUUACACUACACUACACUACAAAUUAUAUUGGUAAUAAGUUCUACGCAAGCUAAGGCUGCCUUUUUAAGGACAAAAGGCAGUAGCACCCGCACCACCAACUACUACGUAAGUCAGCCCGUGUUUUAGUUUGAUUCAGUGUUUGUUUUAGUUAAAUGUGCUAGGACGAAGUUUCGAUGGCGUCCAGUCGAGAAAUAAAUGAAACACAAACUUAUGCCCACCUCAGCCACCAAGAAGACGAAGGAGAGAAUCGAAUUAUAGAGAGCCCUAAAACAGUAAUAGUCAGACUUCCGAUCACAACUAACUCUAAUGAAUCGUAAACCCUAGACGGCAAAGGAUAACAUAGUAGGAGUCUUUAAGAAAUGACGAAGAGAUGGCGUUUGAGCGAGAGUAAAACACAUUAAAAUGUAAUUUAUAUUACCUCCUUAGCAAAAAUCAAUAACAAAUAACGAAUAACAAAUAACAAAUAACAAUGUUUUCUAAAUGCAUAUUAAACUAUGAUAAAUCAAGGCAAAGUAAAACAAAAUAUGUACGUUUAAAUCAAGUAAUCAAUUUAUAAACGAUUAAAAGCAGUUUUUGUUUAGUUCAUAAUUUCUACUCAAUAAAAACACACUUAUAUUUUAUGUUAAACGAAUGAAAUAUUUGCGCGCCUUUACCCCCUUUUUCGAUCUUUUGACGAUCUUCAGUUACUGGAACAUGCCAAAACCCGUGUAGCAGCAGCAAAAUGUUUAAACUUUAACCGAAAUUCUUAAAAACCAAUUUUUGAUGGCUCCCUCCGAGCUUUCUCAGAUCAUCUGAUGACGAAAUGUACAAAUUGGUGAAGUUUAGGCACUUUCAACCGCGAUCCUCCUCCGAUUCCCCAAGGCCAAGGCAAUAUAGCGCAGCAGAUAUUUCCGAAAUUAUACUCCCAAAAAAGGAACCCACUCUGUAAUCCCCCCGAACCCAUCCACCAAAUUUAUAGAUUGAUUUUAUUGCCACCCGAAUGUAAUUUUUGUUUAAUUAAAUAUACACACUUAGCACACUUUUGUUUAUGCCUAAUUCAUAAUGUGUAAUAUAUGUAUACUUUGUACCUUUUUAUGUUAUACACAAAUCCCUAUGAUCCCCAAUCCCGAUCCCCACAAGGAAUCAAUCCCUCGCCCAGUGUUUAAGCCCCCUCUCCCCCUACGCUCCUCCUCUCCUACACAUUUUGGCAAUUCAACUUGAAUGUCUACUUUUAAUGUAAUUUAGUUGAAUAUUUUAGUUGAUUUUUAUUAUUAUUAUUCGUACUCCGUAUGGAAAACUAAAUAAAUUUAAUUGUAUUUCAAUAAAAAAAACGAAAAAAGGACAAAAAUUACAUUACUUUCUGCUAUUAUUAUUACUACAAUUAAUAUUGAAUUUUUGUUGAAUUUUCAAAUGAUUAAAUGAAAUAUUUUUAAUAAUUUGUCUUUUGGUUUUAUUUCCCCCCACAUUUUAUUUGGUACUCUGUAUUUUUUCGGUUGCAACUGCAUUGAUAACGAAGAUAUAACAAAAUGCCGGACGACAAACUGCCGACUAGAAGGAGCAGAAGAACCUUUACCGAAAUGUAUUGCUUAGCAUCUGGUAGGAAACUACCCAACGACUUUGGUUCCCGAUCCAGUUUCCUCCGAUCGCGACUUAGUUUAGCAGCUACCUCAGUUUAGUCACAUCGAUAGAGUCUUAAAGUACAUAUUUUACUCGACGUAGGAACAUGUUAAUCGCAGCUUUUAAAUCAGAAGAUAUAGCUUAGAGCACCCCGAGUUGUAUGUGGAGUAUGCAACGAUUUAUUUAGAUCCCCCAGCCUAGUCCCCCGAUUUUGGAUUAUACCCUUUCCGUUCCUUAGCUAACUUGCUUACUGAGUUACCUGCGUCCCCUGAUGCACUAAAUCAAUUUCUUAGUUGAAUUUUGAGUUGAAAGCGCAGAAAGCUGAGAUGAGAAAGAUGAUGGUCAAUGUUGUAGUCGAAUUUUUGUUCACGUUUGUUCUCGUUAAGUUGAAGAUUUCAUGCCAAAGUACAAACCUUAAAUCAAUUCUUCGUAAUUCCUAAAUACCUAUCGUAAUACCUAUCCCAGGUCCCCCAGUUUCUUUAAACUUUAUAAACACCAACCUAAGUUCGCUUGAGGUCGUCAUCGGCCUCAUCCCAAAGAAUGGGCUGCACUUGUUUAGCAUUUAAGUGUAUUUUACAUAUAUGGUAGCAAGUCAAGAAGAUACAUAUGUAUAAAGAAAGGAAACGGAGAGAUCCCCAAAGAAAACUUUAGUUGCAUUUUUGGCAUUUUGCACAGGUUUUGCUAGAAACGAAUUUGGUUUACUUACUAUAAUUCGUGUCCGUAUUGCUAUUGGUAUUGUAUUUGAAUAUUGUAUUGGAAUUAUCCCUAGAGUUAAGUAAGCGAGCAGAAAAAGAACCGAUGUGUGACGAACCGCUGGUUAAGUGGACCAACAGUCGGUUGAUCGGAUCUUUGGGUCCUCGAAAGAUCCAUUAUUACUAGGCGUAGGCGUAGGCGUUUAGGUGACCCACCACUGGUGACCUACCAAAAACUGGAGUGUUGAGCAAGCAAUACGAGCGAAGGCCCCAUAAGGCAGCCAAUCUGCGGAAACUGCAAAAGCCCCAACUCGCCGCCUCUGGGCUUUUUGAUUUAGCUAAUAGAUUAUAUAGUAGGAAACACUACGCUACACUAAACCACACACUACACUACACACCACACACUAUAUCUACUUAAAUAUUAUAUUACUUUUUUGAGGCGCACUCGUGCUGAUGUGGAGUAUGAAUUGUCGAACAAUCGUUGCCAUUUAUUUCGCUAUAAGUCACCAGUCCAAGUCGUGUCUAUGUGUUGUACUUAGGUUUUAGCAGUGCCCACAGUUCGUUUUUAACUUAUAACCCUCGAUGUUGUGUUUUGUUCUCUGUAGGAUCAUGUAUUACCCUAGACUAGAACUAUAGUAUAGCCUAAGCUUCAGAUAUAUAGAGUAUAUAGAGUAUAGGGAUAAAGAGACCGAGAAGCGAAAAGCGAUAACCGAUAAUCGAAGGACUGAUCCUGUGCGCGUGUGUGUCGAUACUUGAAAUUGUGAUCCAAGACUGACUGACUGAAAUAAACUCCAAGCAAGGCAAGAUGAUAAAGAUAAAGCAUAAGUACUAUAUAGAACAUCCAGGCAAUUCAGGUAUGCGAACUAAUCAAGAAUUCAAGGACUUCCAGCGAACACAGAGACUAACUACGAAGCAACAAAAGCAAACAGAACUUUCUACCUCAUUGUUGAAACGUUUGUAGCCGAGUGUGUGGCUCUUUAGCACCCGACAAUACCUCAGAUGCAGAACCAAAAAAAAACAAACCAAGAAUCGAAGAUCGAUGAUCGAUGAUAGAAGAUUUGAAGAUUGAAAUGGGAAGAGAAGAGAGCAGAGGAUUUAGAAGAAGACGAGAUGAAGGACUUUCAGUGUAAAUUUGAAUACGUAUUACGAGUUAGUAGUCAUCAACUCCAUCUCCAUGUCAUAUUAUCUCAUCUCCAGUCACGUCAGUCAUAUCACACACACAGGCAAACGCCACACACACACACUGCCACAGUCUCAGGACCCCACUCGUAUCAUCGCAUUCCAUUAUCUUAGGGAUAUUCAGAGUUAUAUAGUCACGCGCAAGAAGACAACACCAAAGCAAAUCAAAUCAUUCCAAUCGAAUCAUUCGAAACGAAUCAUUUAGGCUAAGCGAAAAGCAGGACAGCCACAAAAUAGUUGAUAAGCACUAAAAUUGGCAUCAUUAACAAUCAUUUUGCAACUGAAACCCAUUUAAUUUUGAAUUUGCAUUUUGGAUUCACUUGAUUUCCGAUUGAAAAGAGCUCCCCGAUAUGUGAUAUUUAAUUGGUAAUUGCAAAAUUGAAUUUGAAAUUGAAAUUGAUAGGGAAGAAGAUGAGAAACGCGAAGGAAACUCAACAUCUGUGAGCAUUGGCUUAGCACUUAAGUUCGAAAGAGAUUAAGGAUUAUAUAUACUUGUAUUUAGAUUCGUAAAUUCGUAUACUCGGAUUCGGAUUCGGAACACCAACUGUGAGCGCAUUAAAGAUGAAAGAGAUCUGAAAUCAAAUGAAAUUUAAGGAAAUCAUAUGUGGUAUAUUUUUUGGCUUGAAAUUUGUAAAAUUCGCAUAGGAAUCGAAUUCGAUCGUCUAUUUUGGAUAUUGUACGAGUACUUCGGUAAGCUUAGGUUUAGUUCUUCCACGAAAACUUGAAAAUGAGUCUGCAUCACAUCUGCUAGGAAACGAAACAAUCAUGCACUUUUCGAAAACUCAUAACUGUGACGAAAUUUACACAAUCGCCGGCAUUCGAGAUAGAGAUUCUCCCCCUAAGUUAAUCAAAAUUGAAAAAGAUACAUUUUUGUGGCUGCCUCGAAGUAAACAAAAGUUAAUCACUCGCUAAGUAGAAUCGCUUUUGGGUCCCCUAAGGACCUCCAGGCAUAGAAAUCUAAGCUCUAGGCUAAGCACGCUUCCCAACUAACCCCCUUUUUCCCAAAAAGGGUUCAAAAGGGGUCCAUCAUUAUACUCACUCUCUUAACACACUCACACACACGAAUACAAAUUAAUGGAAUAAUUACCUCAGAUUAGAAUUUUUCUAGUUUAAUUCUUACAAAUAUACAUAUAAAUGUUAAAUGACGAAAAACAAAAACCAAAAAGCAAAACUAACGAAAAUAUUAUGAAAAUCACUUAUACACUCCAAACAAAAACGAGCAAAACGAAACGAGCAUUUUUUUAAAGGCGAGUUAUGAGAAAUUUUAAUAGUAAAAUUCAAGAGCAAUUUAUUAUACAAAGGCAAAGAAAGAUAACAAAUAAUUACCUAAGCAAAUACCAUACAUACAUCAAAAUGCAUGCAAUCUCAACUAAACUAAACCAAAUCAAGUAAACUAAAGUAAAUUAAUGCAAACUUUUAAUGUUUCCCCGAUAAAUAUUAUAUAUAAAUACUCAUAUACAUAUAGACCAAGAACGCUGCCAAAAAACAAAGAAUAUCGAAGCUGCCACUCCCACAAAUCGAACUCCCAAAAAAUCGAAAAAAAAACCCCAGCUCAACAAAAAAAGUCAAGUCGGUAAAGAGAGGAGUACCAUAUUGUAGGGACUUUAUACAUGUAUAUCUUUUAACAUAUAUUGAUCUUGGCUAUUAUUAUUGCAUUAUUACGCAUUACGCACUGCGAGUAUCGUAUAUCGAGUAUCGAGUAUCUAUUAUAUAUGGCAUAUAUUGUAUAUGAAGUUUUCAUUGUACUAUUUAAUAAUCUAUUGGAGAUUGAUCCUUGUAUGUUUCGUUAUAAGUAUUUCAUAUUUCAUACACACCUACACACACACACUCACUCAUACUCACUCACCCACACACACACACUCGUACACACACCAACACACCGACACUGGUCAUCCUGAAGGUCCUUUUUUUAUGAGGGGGCGGGACGGGGGUCCUGAAACCUCGGCUGGGCGUGGUCGCGCCUACUCACAUAGAAGAAUUUCUGCUGCUCAGGUAAAGGCGUUGACCACGCCCCGCCCGGCCCAAGGACACGCCCACCACCCCCGCCCCUUUUGCAAAGGAUCCAAAACGGGAUGCAUCGUGCCAAGGAUUUUGUGUUAAAUUCCGUUUAUUUAGUUAAAACUAGUAUUCCGUCUCUUUCAAACUUCGAGGCUCAAAAGAAAGCAGGAAAGCGGAGAAAGUGAGAAAUGGAGAUGAAAAAGAGAGCGAGAAGUUGAAGAGGAGCCAUAGUGGAAUUUUGUUUAAGUUUUUUGUUUCGUUUCUAUUAUUGAAAAGGAAAUUUAUGCAAAUAAUAAGAUAAUAAUAUUAAACAAAGUACACUUUACCUUAUUUAGAUGCAAUGAAACUUUAAUUCCUUGAAUUAGUCAAAUUUGAUUUUGGACCUGAACAAAAACAAAAUACAAAAACCACAAAAAAAUACAAUUACAUGUGUAAAGAAAUCAAAUAAAAUACUUGCUAAAAAUAGACAAAUGUGCCGCAGGACGGGGGUCCAAAAUAGGCUAAUGCCGAAACCGGAAAAAUCGAAAACAAUAUGUAGAUCCUUCGUCCUGUCUUGGCACUCCUCCAUUUUCGGUUUUGCCUGGAAAGCAAAUGUAAAACGAAUAUUUAUUGUGUAUCUCUUACUAAGCUAACAAAAAAGCGAGCAUCCUUUGAUUUCCUUGUUGAAAACUAAAGCAAAUAUACAAAGCGAAGAGCGAGCGGAGAGAAAUUACAAAGUAACAUUGAACGAUACAAAAAACAUGAACCUCAGCACUCCUGCAUCCUACACAAAUGUAACAAAAUGCAAAAAAAAAGAUAACCCUAAACAAAUCCUAGCGAAUCAAACGAAGAAAGCGAAGAAGGCAGAGAGCGAAGAAAGCGAAGAGAGCCAGUGAGAAAGCAGAGAAAGCAGUCAGCGAAAGCAAAAGCAAAAGCGCCCCUCCCCCUUUUCGAAAGUACAAAUUGUUUUUAUUGUGAGAGGAUCUUUUAUCGAAACAAAGUUGAAAUGGCAAACUGAUCGAUAAAUAUCGAUUAGUGUCGAUAGGCAGGCGGAGUCUGAGAACCACACCGUGAACUCUGUUCGAUCCAUAGUUUCAGCCCAACUUUGCUUCCGAAAAACCAACCGAAGAAAACCAAACCAAAAAGCUAACAAAAAUAUGUAAAAUUAAUCUUAACUCGGAGAAAGCUAACCCGUAGAAGCUUAUCGAAUAUCGUCUAUCGAUACCAGCAGCAAUAAUCCUUUGCCAGCCUCUCUCUAAGCUAACACACACACUCAAUACACACACUCAUCUAGACACUCACACCCUCAUCCACAUUCAUCUACACUCAUCAUUGGCAUUAAAUCAUCAAACUAAAAAAAUAUAUAAAAAAAAAUAAAAGAAAAGAAAAGAUAAUUCUAGACACACACUACAAGCAUAUAUUGUACUCCCCACAUUUAGCACUUAACACAUUCAUACAUAAAUCACUCAUGAUAUGCGUAUUUGUCUCUAUUUAUAAUAAUAAUAAUAAAGUAAUAAUAUACGGAAUAUGUAACAUUUACUAUGUACUACCUUAUGAAUCGAUUACACUUCUAAUUAUAUACCUAAAUAUAUAUAUAUAUAUUUUGUAUAAGCGAUCGGGUUGGAUCGAUCCAGCAGACUCUCAAAGAACACAAAGAAUCUUUCAAUAAAGCGCGACCAUUGUCGCUUAU